AACACGACGUGGUCCCGCCCGCGUAACGCAGUUCCUCCCGAGUGUGCCAUGAUCGCGGCCAAGAUGGCGCCGCUGUUGUUGGCGGCGCUGCUGCUGAGCCCGCCGGCUUGGGCCGACGAGGAGGACGCGUCCUCCGUCGACGGCUGCCUGCGGAAGGACUCCAUCUCCUGCGUGCAGAUGUACGUGUUCCGGCAGAUGAAGUCCUUCUUCGACCAGGAGCGCAUCGAGCUGUUCGGCGGGCUGUCCCUGGUGCGGGAGGCGCGCUCCUCCGGGGCGGACACCACCCCCGCCGGCGCCCGGUCAGGGGUCGACGACGACGACGGCGGGGAGAAGACCGUGGUGGAGUCGCAGGACGUGGAGGGCCGCGAGUCUGCGCUCGAGUACUUCGCGCUGGGCAGGACGUCCACGUUCUUCCAGGAGCGCAGCCUCAAGUGGGACCUGUCGCCCGUCGCCAACAAGAUGGCGGAGACGGCGCGCGGCCUGGCGGACAGCGUGCCCGCCGCCGUGCGCGACAAGCUGGCAGAGAUCUUCUCCGACGACGACGACGUCGAAGGCCGCGGCAAGAAGAAGAAGCUUCUGAAGAAGAUCCUGCCCAUCCUGCUGGCCGUGAAGCUGAAGAUGGCCACCUUGCUCGGCCUGUCCUACCUCGCGAUCGCGCUCAUCGCGAAGAAGGCCAUCCUCGCUUCGCUCAUCUCCAUCGCCAUCUCCGCCUACAUCGGCAUCCGCAAGCUGCUGUCCCAGCAGCAGCAGCACCACGGCUGGCAGCCGCACUACGAGGUGGAGACGUACCAGGCGCACGGCGGCGGCUACGGCGGCGGCGGCGGCGGCGGCGGGGGAGUCGCCUACAGCAGCGGCGGCUUCAGCAGCUACGGCGGUGGCGGCGGCGGCGGAGGAGGCGGCGGCUUCAGCGGCGGCUACGACUCCAGCUACAGCGGGCACGGCGAGUACGGGUCGCACUCGUCGCCCGUGGCGCACACGCUCGCCUACAGCGGCCAGAAGCCCGUCAAGAGGUAGACCGGCCGGUCGCUGAGGAACCCUUGGAAGAAGCGCGCAAGCCCACGAGGUGUCAAGCCAGUUUAAUUUAUUUUUGUUAACUUAUUUAAGGUUCGGAGUGGCGUCCGAUGCGCGUGUCUCGUCCCGCUGAGACACCGGCGCGCACGGCGUAUGUAGCGCCCUUUCGCGACAAAAAAAAAAAAAAAGUCGCUGAGGCUACACGCCGCUGCCUGCCCAAGAUGCUGCAACACCACUUACAUCCGCAAACUGACGUUCUAACAUGUACAUAUACCGCGUCCACACACACAGCACGUCCGACCGACAACACAUCCCAACAACCCCCGAACUGGAAUGACCAUCCAGGAAGCUACAAGACUGAAUAUCCACACCAACAGAGCUUUGCGAAUCCAUAAAUAAAGAAAGAAAUAGCCUCAACUUAAGCAUCUGAACGUCUUGCUGUUAUCCUGGUCGCAGUGACGCAACUGACUCAUUUACUCAUGCUCCCCGAACUCAUAUUUAGAAGUGAGUUCGUACUUAUGAAGGAGAAAAAUUCCGCGGUGACACAGACAAUAAUAGCGACAAAAGAACUGUGGGUUAGUAUUUUUUGACGAACACGCUAUAAUAUCGCUGGACUGAAAUUAGAGACAAGUGUUAUUACUUUCACUGCACGUGGCCGACGAAAUGAUGUACUGAAAUUCUUUAUACAAUGUUUUCUUCAAACGCGUAGUUUUUACGAUAGUUUUACUUUGCAAACUUGUAACCAGCACUAACGUAAAGUAUUUCACAGUGAAUGUCGGCCGCUUUGGCUACCUGAAACUAUAUUUUAUUAAAUACUCGCAAUGUAGGCUGCGGGAAAUUAUUACAACUUGCCUCUAUUCGACCAAAAACAAGGGAAUAAAAGAAAUUAAUGGUAAUUUUCUGCUAAAAAAGAUUGCCGUUUCAUUUCUAAGAGAGCUACGAAGUUUUAAAUGAUCCACUUAUAAUAAUUAACGUCUAUAACUGCACUAUUUUUAUUCAGUCACACAUAACUAGGUGCAAUGGUUUAAAAAAAAAUGUGUUUGAACUGAUUCUAUAUACAUAUAUAUGAGUAAUUGUAAUUAUAUAAAAUUGAUUUAACUCAAUCUGUUUCCGCUCUAAAAAUAUAAAAAAUAUUAUUGCUAUGUCUAAAAUCUAAAAUACUUGACGGACUUACUUAUAAUAACAACUAAUUUUAUUGUGUUACAACAAGAGUUACCUACAACUGCGUCUGUAUUAAAAACGACAAGCAAAUAAUUGCAUUCAGACAAAUUGUUUGAAGGUAGAUAGACUUUUUUAUAUUUCUCGACGACGACUGUUACUUAAACAUAGAGACUGAAGUUUUUUUUUAUUUAUUGCGAUACUUGUAUCAGGGUAGCAGAAAUACGCUAAGGUGAUACAUCAACAAUUCACACCCUUCAUUAUUGUUAAAUUAGGCAAAUAAUAAAAUAAAUAAUUAAAUUUAUCAUUACACAUGUGUACCUUACAAUAUUAACAUUUUGUUUUGUGAAAUUACUUAUCUUUAGUCUAAGAGAGUCCAGGACACAGCCCCAAAAUUUGGGGAACUUAAGAACAUGCAUGUUUAUGAAUGACACUUUUUCAACUAGUCGUUCCAACAGUACCUACUAUAAAAACACAUUCUGAUAAAUAUAUUUCUAAAUAUUUUGAAUAGGUUUUUACGAUGUGAGAAUUUAUUGCCAUAAAGUUCACAUAGAUUAGUUAAAUUUUUAUUAUACAAGUACUUAUGUUGUAUGAAUAUUAUAUUUAACUUUAGUGGUCAAAACGUACAUAAUUUUUUGAGUAAGGAAAGAGACAUAUGUUAUCUUAAGGUAUGAAACAAUUGAAGGGAUUGUACUUUUGUUGGUAAACUCAGGUGAAAGAAUUAACUAGUAAUACGAUUUUAGAAUGAUUCGUUUUUUUUUUUUUACAAGUUAUGAAAACAUUACAGCAACUAGUCUUUAAUUUUUUUUAAAAAAUGCAAUAAUAUUUUUGUGUUCAUAAUAGUAAGUCAGUAUCGUGUUUUGUUAUGUUUUUGUUAAUUUCAGUUUUGAAUAAAAUUAUUGUUACCUUUAUUGCAAA